CUUCCGGGUGGACACGGCUCCACCGCCCAAGCGGCCGGCACGGAGACACUGCUACCCUCUACUGGCGGCUCCUCUUCCGGAGAUCUGCUCAAAGUGGAGUUCCCUGAGCCUGGGAAGCGCCUUGGGGGCUCGAAGGGAGGAGAAGGCAGGGAUAGAUUCUGGGCAGUGGAAGAGGGAUAGCAACCGCAGAUGUUGAACUUGUGUCAUUGUCGGGCCUCAGCUAGGGGACUUUCUAUGCGUCAAACCUUCCUUCAGGCCUUUGUUCCAAAAUUUGACAAGGUUCCAUGGCUUAGUGAGGCCAGCCUGGUAAACAAGCCUCUGGUACUCAGCAUCCCUGGAAGAUAUCCUUCCUCUGCCACUGUUCUGACUUUAUCCAAGAAGGAUAUGGAUUUGCCAAAUUUGCUUCAGGUUCCAGAUGUCAUAUUGAAGGCCAGAAAAUACGAGCAUGGAAAUCUGUCGCCCAGGAACAAGCAACUGUACCACUCCACAUGUCGAGAAAUGAAAAUGGUAGGCAAACAGAGAGGAAGUUCCCAGGUACAGCCGAAAAAUUUCAUAAUCCCAGACCAUGAGAAACCAUCCUUCCAGAAUUCUGUGAAUCCCAGAGUGAUGCUCCUUCGUCAUCCCGACGUCCAGCAGUUUAAUCAUCCCUGUAAUGACAUCCCAACAGAGAGCAUUCGCUACAGACUGCCCAUUAUGGGCCCCAGGACUGCUAUCUUCCACAGUCUGUUGUCCGGUGCCUACAAAACUCCUCAGGAGACUCAAGACCUCUCCUUCCCCAGAAAGAAACUAAUGAACAAGACCGUGAAGCAGUGAGUGGUCAGAGCUAAUUACCCCCAAACUGUCAGGGAAAAGACCGCCUCUCCAAGCUGUUCUGAUGCUGGUGCCUUCCCGUAGUCUCGCAUCUCCCAAAAGAUGAUUCACUUUUUCCUUCCUACAUGCUGCUAUUCUAGCUCUUCCCACUUUUUUCCUAAAGACAAAAUGAUUUACUUUACAUAAAUAUAAAGAUUUAUUGAUUAACACAGAA